AUGGGCAAAAAAGCAGGUCUGGUGUGGUUAUGGCUUCUUUCGACGGUCCUUUUUGGAACUUUCUUCGCCUGGAACCACUUCAAAUCGAAACUCGAUGGUAUGACUUUUCUUUUUGUUUCAUUCAGAAAGAAGUCAAGUUCAGACUUGGAGAAGCUGAAAUCGCGAACAAUUAUGCUCGAAAAGCGGAUAGAAAGGACAGAAGACGUUCAACGUUUCAGUCCCAAAGUACUGGUGAGUUAAUUUUUUCUUUUUUUUUCUUUCUUCUUAAUCUGUUUAUAAUUACUGCUAGUUUUUUCUUUGAAAAUUUAUGCCCCUGAUAUUGUCGAGCGAAAAGCCGUUCCAGUUAUUUCGUCAUUGAAUUCGCCUAAAUCUUUUAAUUCCCAGAGAGAAUUUUAGACUAUAUCAAAUGUCCAAAAAAAUUCAGGAGUUACAAAAGAAGAAAGCCGAAGCGAAUGCGCCUUUGGUAAUGAAGAAGUUCAGCAAUCCACCGAGCUCGAAUCCGGACUUCUAUCAGAUAAUCGUCCCAGAGGUUUUUGAGAGCCUCGAAAUGUUUAUUUCGAAUGAUUUUCAGGUCGUCUGUCCUCACUAUGAAAGAAUAGGCGAAAAAGGCGACGGCGGCAAAAACGUCUGCAAUCCGGACGCGAUUCCCGAUAACUGCACGUCAGUUCUGGAACAUCCGAAUUCGAUUCUUAAUCAUCUUUACAGAAUUAUUUCAUUAGGUUUAAACGACGUGAUUCAGUUCGACAGAGACAUUCAAGCCAGAACCAACCAGAGAUGCAACAUCAUCGGAGCGGAAAUAGUUGCGAGGAUUUUCUGACCCUUUUUUGAAGUUCCCUUUCACAGAAUGAGCCUGCCGCAGCGACACGAGAAACAUACCGUUCCAUGAGGGGAACCAUUUUUACGGGAAGAGUCGGCAAGGACAUGUCCAUAAGUUGAAAUUUGUAUUGAAACGCUUUGGAAAAAAAUCGAUUAAGCCGAUUUGCUGAUUAGGAAGCAGCUGGAUUCCGCCGAAAUUCUCAAGAUGGACAUCGAAGACGAUGAACAUUUUGCCCUGGAGCCUUUCCUCGUGGAAAACACCGUCUGCCAGGUUUUCCUCUACUUUUCCCCGAAUUUUGAAGUAUUUUUCAGCUAUUCAUUGAGAUCCACGGAACGGUUCAGCAACAUAUCAGUCUUCUAAAGACAAUCGCGAGGUAAUUUCUCUUCUUCCAAUGUAAAAACACCUGUAAAUUCAGAUACGGGUACAAGAUUUUCUCGGUGGAACCGAAUCCGUUGUGCGUGACGUGCUGUGAGUACAGCUACCUGCAUGAGAAGUGUCUCCAAAGGUACGACGCGUCAACUCUUGCGGACAUCAUCCCAAAGCUUUAG